AUGGGUCAACUCACGAAUCUCCCGACCGAGAUCAUACUCCAUAUUAUCUCUUUUCUACAGUCCUACGAUGACAUUGCGGUGUUGGCUGCACAGUCUUCCCAUCUCUACCAGGCGUGUGAUAUGAGGGCCCGUGAGAGGUUCCGCCAGAUCCGCAUUACAAACAAUUCCAAGCAUCUUGAGAGCGCCUUCGCGGCCCUGAUCGACAUCCUGAAACAGCCAUCUCUAGGCCGCUAUGCGCGUCAUAUUGAGUACUGGGAGACUGUGACGAUGACCUACCGGCACCCACCCUCCUGUGAAUUCGAUGCGUCAUCACCAGCUGAGGAAAACAUGGAAAUGAUCCGAGCUGCAAUCUACAGAGCAGGAUUCCCUGACCGUGGGAUUGAACCCCUGAUCACGAUAGUUAAGCAGAUCUCCGGUGUCACCCAUCGCAGGGAAAAAGAGGAGUUUCAUCUAGUCAGACAUCCAGCCAAUCAUCCAGCCAGGCUUUUUCGUUGCCACGAGCCCCUUCUCGCGCAGGUUCUGACAGCACUUCUUAUCUCCGUGGCACCGGAGGUAGAAUCCAUGGCCCUCUCCCAGCCCUUUCCCAGCCAGAUUUUCGUGCCCUGGCAGACAGACUCCGUCAACCACAAGCGUAUAAGGCUCCCUUUGCAUUGGCUUCUGCACCAAAUCAACAACAGGUACACGUUCCCGGGUGCCCGAGGGCCGAAGCUCCUGAGAAAGCUUCGCGACGUAUACUUUAUCGACGAGACGUGCGACACAUCCUGGAUAGAAGAUGAAGCCAUUCUUGAGACGGACGUCUUUGACUUCAUAAAUCUCUUUCGCCGUCUUCCAUCGAUUGAGUCGAUUGGCAUGGAUGGGCUGAGAACAAACGUCGUCGGUAAUCACGGGGUCCCCUUUGCCUCGUCCAAUAUUACCCGUAUCCGGAUCGAGCACACGACGGUCGACAGCAUGGACUUGGCAAGAAUCAUCUGUUUUGCAAGCAGCUCCGAGAGUUUGGAUGCUCCAUCGGGGCCGAAACGGAUUCUUCUUGGCCUAAGUGAGGAUUUCGAGAAACACGGACAAAUGGGAGCAAUCCGAAUUGCGCAUGAGAUGGCUUUGAUCGAUGGGCAAGUGAAGCUGCCGAUCUGGAUUUGGGACCAAGCCGGUUCUUUGGCCGACUUCUCCGCCUUGAAGCACUUGUAUCUGGAGAUUCAGUACCUGUUGUACAUGGCGAGGGGGGUGGGGAACGCGAGAGACGAUGAAUACCAGCUUGCUGAUCGGUUGCCGCCCAGGUUGGAGCAUCUCCGGAUCAACGCAUAUGAGAAAAACCAGAACGAGAAUUUCGACAAGCAGGUGGAAUCCUUGAGAUCAUUGGAGAGAGAGCAGCGUCUCAGCAGCCUGAAGACCAUUCUGGGAAUCGAUCCCACAAUCCCGGUGAUCCCGCCAUGGAAAGAAGGGCCUGGGUUAAGUGCACAUGUGCGUCGGUUGAUCGAGGAUGUUUCGGAUCGGAAGAAGAGGAAUUGA